UGUCUCCUCAAGCUUCCCCGAAUUGUAAUCGGGCUCUCAGUUUGGGUUGCUUUAUUUACCAGCAGCAGAAUCAAGAAAGAAGGAGAGAAGGAUAUUGUUGGAGACUCUGCAGAGAAUGACGUCCGAGACAACUCUAUCUUGGAGCCACUUCAUAGUCAGGAAUUAUUAUCAUCCGUUGUCUCGGUGCAAGCGAGUUAUGUACCCAGGGAAGCGUGUCGAGGACCCCACACAGCUUUUGGACUAUCACCGGCGGGAGCGAGUUAUGUACCCCGUGAAGACACAGAUUCUGGAGGGUCAACAAAAUAUGAAGGAGAAAACACCUCCGGCUAUAAAUGGAUAAUGCCCGAAACCAUGCUCAUGGAAAAGAACAACCGUACAUGGAUAUGUCAGCUAGAAUCCUAUGAAAAACAGAACAUAAAAGAAUUGAAAAUCCAAAAAGUUCCAGCUAUACUUCGUGGGGUCAAGUCUAAUAAGGAGUGCUACGAUCCCAUGAUAGUUGCAAUUGGCCCUUACCACCAUGGUAAGGACGAGUUACAACAAAUGGAAACUUUCAAAAUUCAAUUUACCCUACAAUAUGCUGAUCAAAGUGGAAAAUCGAUUAGGAAAUUGUACGAAGAGAUGCAAAAUUCUUUGGUUGAAGCUAAGAAUUACUAUACCGAGGACGUGGCAGAAAAAUUUAACGACGAGAAGUUUGCGGAGAUGUUGUUUCUCGACAGUUGCUUUGUCAUCCAAUUCAUGGAUAGUUGUGUAAACUCCGAGAACAAUAAUAUAAAGACCACGAAUAUUGAUACAGCAUUCAUAAGACGUGAUAUUAUGUUAUUGGAAAAUCAACUCCCUUUGGAGAUCCUCACUAAACUAAUGUGCUUGAGCUUGAGGUUUGAAGGAGGUCAAGGAUUUGAGAUGAUAGACAACUUUAUCAAGCUAAUCAUGAAAGACCCUCCUAUUGAAGAAAAAGCACCAAGAAGGAAGACUUGUUUUUUAUUUUUCCAGACAAAUUCUAAGUCAGAAGAAACUAACAGAAAAAAGAAAAAGCCUAUUCAUCUUCUUGAGCUUGUUCGGACUAAAUUUGUUGAUGAUACAAAAAAAAAAAAAAAAAAAACAGUAUAAUCAAGGAAGACCCUAGUGCUGAAAAAAAAGCACCAAGAAGGAAGAGUUGUGUUUGGUUUCGUGAGCCAAAUCAUAUGGCAACAUGCUCUAUGCAAGUUGAUGUUAAUAGAGAAAUUAAAAAUGAGGCUAGCGACAAACCACCUCUAUAUUGGUGCUUGUAUCGCUCAGUUAAGGAGUUAAAGUCAGUGGGAAUACAUUUUCGGCCUAGCGAGACUUGCCAAUUCACUGAUAUCAAAUUUAAUUCUGGGCACUUGUAUGGAUGGCUCAAACUCCCUCGAAUAACCAUUGAGGAUGGCACCAAGUCUUUGCUUUUGAAUUUGGUGGCUUUUGAAGCUUGCGCUGACCCUUCAAGCAAUUUUGAGGUUUCCUCGUAUGUUUAUUUCAUGGAUACAUUGAUUGACCAUGCUGAAGAUGUGAAGGAGCUACGAUCUAAAGGCAUAAUACUCAACCUCUUGGGCAACGACGAACAAGUAGCGAAACUUUUCAACGAGAUAAGCGAAAAUGUGGUGCCCAAUUUACGAGUUUUUGGGAAUGUUCAAGAAUCCCUUAACGACUUCUGUAAAAGCUACAGAAGGUUGUGGUUGACUGAAUGCCUGCACGAUCAUUUUAGAAGCCCUUGGGCCAUAAUUGCUUUCCUUGCUGCAAUUGUUGUCGUGUGCUUGACUAUUACUCAAACUGUCUUUUCUGCCAUUCAGCUUUAGAUACUGUAUUGCAUUUUAGAAGCCCUUGGGCCAUAAUUGCUUUCCUUGUUGCAAUUGUUGUCGUGUGCUUGACAAUUACUCAAACCAUCUUUUCUGCCAUUCAGCUUUAGAAA